AUGAAGAUACACAUCACAUCGAUAUUCAUUUUAUUAGCAGUAGGAACUUCGCCGAGCGAUGCCUUCAACACACGGGUAAAACGUCAUGCGCCUGUGAUUUUUCAAAAGAGUACGCGCUCUUCGAUUAUUUAUUUUGAUUUCUUGGGACAAGAGUAUGUGAUAGAUUUGAUCCCAAACCAUUCGGCGUUUCAUCAAAAAUUCAAAGUUUACACACAAAAUGGUCCUCAAUUUGUCGCCCGAGAAGAGUAUAUUGGCACCGUUCGAGAACCGAGAAAAGGUACCGGAGUGCUUACUCAUCUGGAAAACGGCGAAUACAUAGGAAUUCUCUAUUUUGACAACGAUACUCUUCAUCUUGAGCCUGCUUAUCCUCAUGGAUUGUCAGAAGAUGUAGGAAAGAUUGUUGGGUAUUUUGGGUCUGAUGUCGAUUUGAAACUUGACCUCGCAGCUUUACCACACCGGUAUCAGGUAUCUUUCCGUCCCUCCAACCCUCUACUGAAACACAAACGAGCUAUCAGCAUCGCUUCAUCAACGUCUCCAACCACAACCACAACAAGAAGUGAUGUUCACAACGAAAAACGGAAUCGAUGUUCGUUGAAAUUAGUCGCUGAUUACUCGUUCUACUCGAUCUUUGGAAAAAAUAAUACAGGAAUUGUUACAAAGUUCCUUGUUAAUAUGAUUGCAAGAGUGAAUGAGAUCUACAAUCCGGUCAAUUGGGACGUUGGAAGAGAAGAAGGGAUCUCGGGGAGAGGACGAUUCCAAAAUAUGGGAUUUUCCAUCAAAGAAAUCAAAGUGUUCGAUCGUCCCAACGCGUCGGAUGCUCACUACAAUUCAUACUCCAGGCAGUGGGAAUCUGAGAAGCUUCUCAAGGAAUUUGCAUUUGCCGAAGGAUCAAAAGACUUUUGUCUGGUGCAUCUUGUAACGGCGCGUACAUUCAAAGAAACUUCCACACUGGGCCUUGCAUAUCUGAGCCAUCGGACGUGGGAUGAUACGGCCGGAGGAAUAUGCUCCAAACCAGAAACAUUCAAUGGCAAAAUUGCGUACAUCAAUGUGUUGUUGUCCACGUGUUUUGCCAACAUGGAACAGUCGACUUAUCCGUUGAUCACGAAGGAAAUCGAUAUUGUGGUCUCACAUGAAUAUGGUCAUGCUUGGGGUGCGAACCACGACUCAACCAUGUUCAGUGAUGAUCCAGAUGUAGAUGAGUGCAGUCCAAACGACCAGGAUGGAGGAAAGUAUCUUAUGAGUCCCUAUGCUCAAAGAGGAUACGAUCAAAACAAUGUGCUCUUCUCACCAUGCUCAAUUAAGUCUAUAAGAGAAGUGCUCAUCAACAAAUACAGCGGUUGUUUGGAAGAAGAAAUGAACUCAUUCUGUGGCAACGGUAUUGUUGAGGACGGUGAAGAAUGUGAUAAUGGUGUGGAGACAGAUGAGCAAGAAGUGAGCUGCUGUGACAAAUUCUGCAGACUUUCUGUUGGGGCAAAGUGCUCUCCAUUAAACCACAUUUGUUGCACACCAACAUGUCAAUUCCACAACUCGUCCCACGUCUGUCUACCAGGAGAUCCACUACUAUGUAAAGCUGAUGCGUUGUGCAAUGGACUCACUGGCGAAUGCCCACCAGCACCACCAGUAGCUGACCAGCAAGAAUGUCUUGAAGGAGGAGAGUGUUUCAAUGGAGUUUGUCUUCCAUUCUGCGAAAAGAAAAGCAUUGGACAGAAGAGUUGCAUCUGUGAGAACCUUGAAAUCUCUUGCCGCCGUUGUUGUCGUGACCAAAACGGCACUUGUUCUCCUGUGCCGGGUCCCGUGUAUCUUCGAGAUGGUAUAAGAUGUUCUAAAGGAACUUGUCGUGAUAGAAAAUGCGUUAACGAGGCUGUGGACAACGUCCGUAACUAUUUCCUUGCGCCAUUCCAAAGUACUGGUGGUUUGUUGGUUUUCUUGAAAACUCACGUCGUCCUGAUUGCUAUCAUCACUAUUUCAAUGAUAUUCGCUGCGGCGUACUCAAUUGUGAAGUGUAAUGAGCACAAUAUUUCCAAACUGUCAGAAGAAGAUCGUGCCGUCCCACUUCGGAAGGUUCACGUCAGUGCGGAAGUUUUCAAUCCCGGUUACCAUGAAUAG